UCGCCUUCUCUUCCUUCCACCAUAUAUACCGAGUUCAAUCUCUUUCCCUUCUCCCCAACCCUCACUCUUUCUUCUCUGUCUCCCCUUAAUUCUAAACUUGUUUAUCAACAUUUUUGCUUACCUUCAUUGGCCUGUUUUAAAAAACAUUUAUAACAUUGUGCCAAAACAAGUAAAAAUCAAUAUGAUGAAAAGUUUUCUGAUUCCUAUGCUUCUUAUAAUGUGGCUAUUUUCUAAUUUUGCAUUUGGUAGCCAUAAUUAUGCCGAUGCACUUAGCAAGAGCUUUCUGUUUUAUGAGGCUCAAAGAUCUGGUUACCUUCCUCAUGAUCAGAGAGUUCAAUGGAGGGGUAAUUCUGGUCUUCAUGAUGGAAAAGCUAGUGGGGUGGAUCUAGUAGGAGGAUACUAUGAUGCAGGGGAUAAUGUGAAAUUCGGGCUGCCAAUGGCAUUCACUGUUACAAUGAUGUCAUGGAGCAUCAUAGAGUAUGGAAGCCAAAUGAGUGAAAGUGGAGAGCUUAGUAAUGCAAUGAAUGCUGUUAAGUGGGGUACUGAUUAUCUACUUAAAGCUCACCCUGAACCAGAUGUCCUAUAUGGAGAGGUUGGAGAUGGUACCACAGAUCAUUAUUGUUGGCAAAGACCAGAGGACAUGACUACUUCAAGAACUGCUUACAGGAUCGAUCCAAGCCGCCCUGGAUCUGAUCUCGCUGGGGAAACAGCAGCAGCCAUGGCAGCUGCUUCCAUCGUCUUUCGGAACGGCAACCCUGCCUACGCCAAUGAGCUCAUAAGUCAUGCCUAUCAGCUAUUCGAGUUUGCGGACAAAUACAGAGGUAAAUAUGAUAGCAGUAUUACUGUGGCCCAGAAGUACUACCGAUCUGUCAGUGGGUACGCGGACGAAUUACUGUGGGCCGCUGCCUGGCUGUACAAGGCAUCUAACAAGCAAUAUUACUUGAACUACCUCGGGAGAAAUGGUGAUACACUUGGUGGAACCGGUUGGUCCAUGACUGAAUUUGGCUGGGACGUCAAGUAUGCUGGUGUCCAAACUCUUGCUGCUAAGUUCCUGAUGCAAGGAAAUGCCGGUAACCAUUCAGCUGUCUUUGAGAAGUACCAGGAUAAGGCUGAGAACUUUAUGUGUGCCUGUCUUGGAAAGGGUAACCAAAACAUACACAAGAGUCCAGGAGGCCUCAUUUUCAGGCAAAGAUGGAACAACAUGCAAUUUGUCACAAGUGCUUCAUUCCUUGCAACUGUCUACUCUGACUAUUUGGCGUCUGCUAGAAAAUCUCUCAAGUGUUCAUACGGCUCGGUAUCACCAUCCGAGCUCCUGGCAUUUGCCAAGUUACAGGUUGACUACCUUCUUGGAGAUAAUCCAAGAGCCACAAGUUACAUGGUGGGAUAUGGAAAAAAUUACCCGAGACAAGUUCAUCACAGAGGUUCCUCCAUCGUCUCUGUAAAGGUUGAUCCUACUUUUGUUAGCUGCCGCGGAGGUUAUGCUACCUGGUAUACCAGAAAGGCAAAUGAUCCCAAUCUUUUAACCGGAGCCAUUGUUGGGGGACCUGAUGCCUAUGACAACUUCGCUGAUCAAAGAGACAACUAUGAGCAAACUGAACCAGCUACCUAUAACAAUGCUGCCUUGAUUGGUGUGUUAGCAAGACUUCAUGGCGGUCAAAGUGAAUAUAGUCAGCUCCUUCCAGUUGCUAUUCCUCAGCCAAAACCAGAUCCAGAGCAAAAAGUAACUCCUGCCCUAGCUUCAGACAUUGUUAUUGAGCAAAGGGAAACAGCUUCAUGGGUUCACGAGGGGAAAACUUACUACAGAUAUUCCGCUAUAUUAACUAACAAGUCUUCUAAGACAUUGAAGAAAUUGCAGCUCUCGGUAUUUCAGCUCUAUGGUUCUCUAUGGGGUCUUUCAAAGUAUGGUGACACUUACGUAUUUCCCGCCUGGCUCAACUCCUUAUCAGCUGGAAAAAGCCUCGAGUUUGUGUACAUUCACUCUGUUAAUUCUCCUGCGGUGGUUUCCGUAUCAAGUUACACUCUUGUCUGAAACGCACGAGACCAGAAUCUACCAAGAAUGAAUGCUCAGAAUUUUCACUAUUCUAGAGUAUAAAUGUAAGAAUUGUGCAGCUGUUUGUAAUUUUCAACUUCUCGUUGCUUUGUAGUUUGAGUUAUUAGUUCUUCAGUAGAUGAAGUGUAGGUUAAAUAAAGUAAUGCUAAGGUGGAUAUCUGGAGGAAGAGAGUAGUGAAGAGACGAAUUAAAAGAAGUGCUCAUCCUCUUUCUUCUCCACAUCAUUUUGGUCACAAGAUGAAAUUUGUCGCUUCUCCAUAGAGCAAAUGAAAGUCUUCACUUCCUUUGCAAUGUAUGCAACUUCAAGGUUUUUGUGUUUAUAAUAUUUUCUCCUCUGAUUCA